GCCUACCCUUGUCAGUUUAAAACAAAAACAAAGUGUUUUUUCCGUUUUUUCGACUGAAAAGUUAACAUUCUUUCAAUUGUUAUUUAAAAUUAAGUAAAUUUAUUUAUCAUUUGAUUAGAAAAACUGUAGUGAAAAUUGCCCCUCAAUGGCUCACAUCCAGUACACGGAUGGUCUGGUGCGGGAGUAUGUUCUGUUCCGUGGAUUCUCGAACACGCUGAAAUCGUUUGAUGCCGAGCUGAAGAACGACAAAGACAAGAGCUUCCGUGUGGACAAAAUCAUCGACCAGCUUAUGCAGCUGAUCCAAUCGCAAGACCUGCAAGGCUUGCGGGAUCUGUGGGCUCAUCUCAAUAACCAUUUGUUUCGAAAUCUUGAACACAGCUACACAGCAGCCGUAAACAAGCUGGAGCAAUCGAUUUUGAAAUUCUAUUUAAUUAUUGCGUACAUGUCCAACAAACCAGAUAAAAUCAAUGAAUUCUUUACCAAGCUGGCUCCGGAAUUGGUGUCGCAGGGCGAAUGGAAAGAGUGGUUCUUCUUCCCUUUCUGCAAAAACCCAGAGGAACAUUCCGCUUUCGCCGUUUGCUUCACCAAGCAAUGGCAAGACACGUUACUGAUCUCGUUGCACAACUUCCUCUCCACCAUCUAUCAGUGCAUGCCGCAACCGACGAUCUCCAAGGUGGAAACGGAAAGCAGUCUCCUUCGGAAGCUCCAGGAAGAAAACGCCCAACUGCGCAGCAAGUUACAAAGUAUCCAGCAACAGUCGGCAUCCGCUGCUGCAGCAGCCGCGUCCAGCUCCUCCCAUCAAUCGCGUUUAACUUCGUUCAACGAUGGAAAAACGCGCUACUCGACGCGACCAGUCGGAAAUGCCCAAUCGCUGAACGAUAUCGUUCCGUUCGACAUUCCGCCUCCGGCGCACAUUGUGGACGAUUUCUACAUCAUUGCCCAGGAGUCGAACAACAUUGGCAAUGCUGCCGAAUCGCAGGCACGGGGACUCAAGUCGCUGAUCCGGAACAUCAGUUCCGGUGGAAGCCCGGUACUGGGCAGGAAGGACACCGCUUCCGAUCGGAACAAACGCCGAUCGGGGAGCGUCGGCAGCCGGAGCAAUUGGAUUCACAGCUAGGGCGGAUUGCUAUUGGAGUUACAGAAGGUAAGUGGCAAUAUCGUGUGAUUUUUGACGUAGAACUACGGUUUUCGGUGUGUUAUUGAUUACUCAAAUACAGGAUCUCAAAUUAGA